UUUCAGAUGAUUACUGCAAAAAUCGAAGAAACCGUGCCUUGUUCGCCGCCUAACAUGGAGCCUCUCGACAACACAAGUCUUGAAGAAAGCCAGUUUCGGCCGGAGAAGAAGGAAAAGUCGACUUGUUCGAUUUGUCGGGAGGAUGGCGAUGGAUAUCAUUUUGGAGCAGAAGCCUGCAGAGCUUGCGCGGCCUUCUUCCGUCGUAGUGUUUCCCUCGACAAAACCUAUCUUUGCCGGGGAAAUAAUGAUUGUGAGAUUACUGCGAAUAUUCGAUGCAUGUGCCGCUCCUGUCGGUUCGCCAAGUGUCUAGAGGUGGGCAUGAAUCCCGCAGGAGUCCAACAGCGGCGUGACACUAUUGGGAAGCGAGAAAUCAAGCCAGAUUCCACCGACCUCAUGCAACUUUUGGGUUCUGUCGGAGAUGGCUAUCCUCCGACGACAAGUGCACAAUCGGCACUUGUAGAAGACCUUCAUCCGUCCUUCAACGAUCGAAUGCCGAUUCUCAUGAAAAUGCGAGUCAACUAUCGAAAAAUGGACAAUGCGCGGCUGGUGAUACAUCGAAAGGAUGGGCAGAGCCUUUUUAAAGAAAAAACGCCGAAAGCUGUGAACUACAAAGAAGCGUGCGCACAGAGCAUUCGAGAAGUUUCCCUAGUUGCUGAUUGGGUCGCGUGGUGUUUCGAUGAUUUUGUCACAUUACCAAUGGAUCAGAAAAAAGUCCUGUUCCGCAACUUCUACACGCCGUUCAGUGUUCUCGAAGGCGCGUUUCUUUGUCACAUAAACGACACGUCGAACGCGUUGAUAUUGCCUUCUGGAGACUACAUUGAUACCAAUAAUUUGAAGAGUUUCUUCAACAUUCCAGACGAGGAACAACCAAUGACAGACGAUGAAAUUGAAAAAAUGUUCAAGCCGUCGUUCGAGCUGAAUCGCCGAGGCCUGGUCCUUCCAAUGAUGGCCGAAAAGAUUGACGUUUUCGAGUUCUUCGCUCUCUGCACUUUUGUAUUCUGGGAUUUCGGGCUCGACGAGCAAACCGACGAUUGCAUGAUGAUCGGAAAGAGUGUGAAGGAUCGAGUUAUGAAGGAGCUCGCGUUCUAUUUGAGAUGUGCAAAACGACUAGAAGAGCCGUCACUUCGUGUCGCCAGUCUUUUGACAUUGUUACCUGCGCUUCAGAGAUGCGUUCGUCGAUUCCAAGAAGACAUCGAGAUAACCAACGUGUUCAAUGUGUAUGCGCCUCCCAAGGAUUUUUAUGAUCUCGUUAAUGGAAAAUUCUGCUGACUUUCCGAAUUUUGCACACAUAUCACCUUGAAAUUCUGUGAAAUUAGAAUCGUGUAUUAUCGGUUGUUGUUUUUGUCUACUUUGCCCCCAAUGUAGUUUUUAAUUUUUUAAAAGAUAAAAUUUAUUAAAUAUAAUU